AUGGAGACCCGUGGGGCCGGGAUUGCUGCCGGGUUUGGCGGCGGAGAAGGCGGCGGAGGAUGUGGCGGAGGAAGCGGCGGUGGAGGGAGAGAGGGCGAGGAGGAGGAGCAGAGUUCGAUCACGCGAGAGUUUGCGAAGAUCGCGGCGAGAAAACGAGCGGAGCGGUUGAGGAACAAGCGGGGCGACUUGAUAUGCGGAAGGAGUGGAAGUGAGUCGGAAGCCUUAGAACGAGCCUUGGAGACUGCCGAAGCUGCAGCCGUGUCUAACGGGGUGGCUGCUAACGGGGCGGUUACUAACGGGGACGAGCUAGUAGCGGGGAGAAGAGUUGGGGUGAAGGCCAGUUCUUGCCGCAUUCCGGAGUUCAUCCCGUAUCAAGCGGGGGACGAGGCGGCUGUGGAGCUAACCUUUGCUUGCGGGCUGGGCGCAGGGGGGCAGGCGCGCGCGGGGGGGGAAUUAGGCGCGCGGGGGCAGGCGCGUGCGGGGGGAGAGGUGGGUGGAGGCGGGUUGCCCCGGAGCCCUGUGCGCAAGUUUCGUGACGGCGCGGGGGAGAGGGGAGCGGCGGCGCUGCAGGCGCAAGGGAAGGCGGGAGAAGAGGCGCAAGGGGCGCGCGGGGCGCAGGCAGCGGGGGGAGCGCGGGGAGAGGGUGGGGCGCGGGGAGCGGAGGGGCGGUCGGAGGGGCGAGCGGAGGGGCUCGCAAGCCUAACGUUUCAGCAGUGGGACAGAAUCAAGGAGCGGGUUAUGGCGGGAGGGGAGGAGGCGGGGGAGGGGGAAGAUUCGGGGGAAGCGGGGGAGGCGGGGGAAUGUGAGGCAGGGGGGAUGGGGGAGGUUUGGAAUGAGGAGGAGGAUCGGGUGGCGGAUGCCGAAGCUGCAGCCGCGGACCAAGCCGCGGAAAUCGCUGCCAGGGCUGAGCGACAGGCUCGGAUACAGCGGCUUCUGCUGGAGGUGAAUCUUCCGCGCCUGGCGCAGUGGGGGGGGAUGGGGGGAGCGGAACUCAGCAGUGGCGUGGGGAAGGCGCUUGCUAGCAGCGCCCCUGGGGGGUUUUUCAUGGGGGAAAGGGGGACGGGGGGAGGCGGCGGGGGGAAUGGGGGGGGGUAUAGCUCUGGAAGCGGGUCGUCUGGUGUGAGUAGCAGUAGCAGCAUAGAGGGGAGCGGGGACAGUGGGGGGAGGGCAGGCAGUGGGGGAGGCAGUGGGGGGAGCAGUGGGGGAGGCGGGGCAAAGAAGGAGAGCUCAUCGGUGCCUGUCACGCCAGCAGGAGGGCGAAUGGAUGGGGGAUACGUGGGAGGAGGGAUGAUGGUGCAUGGGGGAGGGGGAUAUGGGGGAGGGGCGUAUGGGGGAGGGGGAUAUGGUACAGGGGGAUAUGGGGGAGGUGGGGCAAUGGGGGAGAGCUCAUCUUUGCCUGUCACUCCUGCAGCAGGAGGGCGAAUGGAUGGGGUUUACCCGGGAGGAGGCAUGAUGGUGCAUGGGGGAGGGGGGUAUGGGGGAGGGGCGUAUGGGGGAGGGGGGUAUGGUGCGGGGGGGUUUGGGGGAGGUGCAUAUGGUGGGGGGCAGACAGUUAAUGCACGGGCACAGGCACGGGCACAGGCACAGGCGCAUGGGCAGGGCAAGAAGGGGUUUUUCUCGCUGCUCAAGGUGGGGCGAGGGGGGAAGAAGCUGGCAAAGUCGGAAUCAGCAGACGGCCGCCUGUGA